AAAUAUAUACAUAUAUAAGUGGGGCUUACAAUGCAUACACUUAGGCAUGCCCAGCUGGCUCUGAUAGUGCUGCUCGGCUUGGGUCUGGCUCGCAUUGGGGCAAACGUGCCCAGCUAUUCGGAGUACGAUGCGCCCAUGCGCUACGACACGAGGCGCGGCGGGGGCGGACGCUACAACAACAGGCAGCAGCAGCUGCAGCAACAGGCGUCGGCUGCACAGACGCUCUAUCCGCGCCCAGGCGGCAUCAACUAUGACCUUGCCGAGACGCCAGCCCAGCAACAGCAGCCGCGUAGGCGUGAAUAUCUGUUGCGCGCCCACGAGGGCGUCUCGAGUCGCGACCAACACAAGUGUCGCAUAUGGGUGCCCUCUGAAGCUGUAUCCAAAUAUCCCUUGGCCAGUCUCAUUCAGACGGACGUGGCCAACAAACUGACCUCGAUUGAGGUCUGCUGCACCGGCUACACGCCCACCCGCCUGAUGGGCGUGACCGUGUGUCGGCCCAUCUGCAGCUGCCAGAACGGCGGCUGCCGCGUGCCGGGCGAAUGCGACUGCUACGAGGGCUUCGUGCGCAACGACAACGGCGACUGCGUGUUCGCCUGUCCCAUCGGCUGCCAGAACGGCAGAUGCUACCUGGACGGGAGCUGCCAGUGCGACAUGGGCUACAUGCUGGACGAGACGCGUCGCUUCUGCCGGCCCAUAUGCAGCACGGGCUGCGGCAACAAUCCGCGCCACAACUGCACCGAACCGGAGGUCUGCAGCUGUGCCAAGGGCUACCAGCUCACCAACGAGGGCUGCCAGCCCGUCUGCGACCCGGACUGCGGCAUCGGCGGCAUCUGUCGGGACAACAACGAGUGCGACUGUGGGCCGGGCUACACACUCAAGGAUGGCGUAUGCCAGAGCGAUUGCUAUCAAAAAUGCUACAAUGGAGUCUGCGUGAGUCGCAAUCGUUGCAUCUGUGAUCCCGGUUUUACCUACCACGAGCAGUCCACGAUGUGUGUGCCCGUCUAAAA